AUGGAAAGUUGGAAAGCCGCGGAAGAUAAAAUACAAGAAAUAUUUAAUGACAUAAAUAUACGUGCAAAGAUUAGAUUUCAACUUCUAAAAAUGGGGGAAGCGGAUCGUUUGAAUUAUUUUGUAGGGGGCAACGAGGAAAUAAAAGUUACGCUUGAAGAAUUUUUAAAAAAAGUUCCUGAUAUAGUUUCGUUGCAAAGAGGAAUUGUGGAACUUAAUCAAAAAAUGGAUAGUGGUUUUAGGAAGAUACACAAAGUUAUGGAGGCAUCGUUUUAUUCAUCAGGUACUUUCAAUGAAACUGAUACGGGUAAAUUGGUGCUAGCCGCACCCCCUAUUAGCUUUCCAUUCGACUUAACUACCAGUACCAAAGCAAGAUCACCUGGAAAGUUUAAUCGUCCACCUAAUAAGGAUAAAUAUGCAAAUCCCAGUGAGGCAAAAAUACAAGAUUAUUUUAUGUCCGAAUGCAAGGCUCUAGAAAAUUAUGAUUUUAUAAACAACAAACUUACUGUUAUAGAUACACAUCUUGCUCCAACGUUAGGUACUCGAAAACCGGAUUUUUUAUUCAUUCCAAACGAUUCACAUUUAGAUAUGUUAAAUGCUGUUGUUGUUGGUGAGGUAAAGAAGCGAUUUGGAGAAAAUUUUAGCGAUGCACAAAUAGGACAAGCAAUAUCAUUCGGUGAAAAAACACUCCAACUUCAACCACAACGAAAUUAUGUAUAUGUAGUGUUGACGGAUUGUCUUAUAAUUAAUAUCUACAAAGUAACUAGGGUGGAUAUGAAUAACAACUAUCAAAAUCCAAUCACCCAAUUUAAGUACGACCACGUGGCACCCCAGCCUUUAGAAAAAAAUCCUGUUUCUGAUAAAGGAUGGAAAUACCUGGUAACAAUUUUGGAAAGAUCUCCGGAAGAAUUGGGAUGGAUUGAACCAACCUUGAAAUUUGACAAUGAAAUUAUAAAUCUGGUUCGGUCUGUUGGUAUAGGCAGAACCAGUGUUGUCUAUGAAGGAAAACUCAAUAAUAAUGUACGUGUGGCUGUGAAAAUGGCAAAAAAGGUGGACUAUUUACCUUGUUUUGAGAGGGAACAAAAUGUAUUGGAAGAACUAUCCACUAUAGAGUCGCCACAUAUCCCAAAGAUCCUAUUUUCCAAUGAUAAUACACUUAUUAUGACUCCAUUUGGUGAGAAAAUCCGUAAUUUUCAAAAACAGGAUAUCAGAGAUAUAAUUAUCACCUUACAAAAUGUUCAUUCACAUGGGAUUAUACAUAGAGAUCUUAGAAAAUUUAAUUUUCUUCGCAAUUUAGAUGAUUUAAGCAUCUUUAUUGCCGACUGGGGUUAUAGUGCAGAAAUUCUCGUAAACAUCACAUUUGCAGGUGCAUUAGAAUGUAUGCCAGAUGCAAUCCUGGAAUCAUUAAUCAAUGGGGAAGAAAUUAUUUAUAGUCCACAAGUUGAUUUGAUAUGUUUUGUACGUUCAUUUUAUUUAAUGCUUCAUAGACCAUCAUUAGAAAGAAUUCCCUUUGAUAGAGAUGAUAAUAUUAAGAAUCGAGCACAAAUGUUAUUGAAUUUCUGGAAAGAUUGCGCAAAGUCAGAGGUAUGGAACAGAAUCUAUCUUGCAAUAGAUGGACUGAAUUAUGAAAAAUUAAUUCAAGAGAUUGAAAUGUUGUUUUAA